GCCGACGGGCUUGUGCAGCAAAGAUGGUUAAGGUCACCGCCAUGUCGAAGCCGACGAUCGUCAAGAAGCGCACGAAGAAGUUCGCGCGCCACUUCUCGAACCGGUUCAUGAAGAUCCGCAACUCGAGCUGGCGGAAGAUCCACGGUAUCGACUCGCGCGUGCGCCGGCGCUUCAAGGGCACGAUCCCCAUGCCCAAGAUCGGCUACGGCAGCGACAAGAAGACGCGCCACAUGAUGCCCAGCGGCUUCUACAAAUUCGUCGUCAACAACGUCAAGGAGCUCGAGCUGCUCAUGAUGCACAACCGCACGUACGCCGCCGAGAUCGCGCACUCCGUCUCCGGCCAGAAGCGGAAGGCGAUCAUCGAGCGCGCGGAGCAGCUCAACAUCAAGGUCACGAACGCCAACGCCCGCCUCCGCGCCGAGGAGGCCUAGGCGCCCCCGCCGACACGGCGGCCCGCUCCGGGGCGCGCGGGCCGCGCCGACACGACAUAAACCUCCGCUUU